UUAUUGGAAACCCUUCUAGAGAGAUCGACGUACGUGGCUGGAGAAAAACUGUCUCUGGCAGACUUGAGCAUCAUCGCCACUAUCAGCUCUGCCAACGUACUGGUUCCUAUCGCCUCCAAUAGGUUCCCCAAAACUACAGAAUGGAUAUCUAAAAUGCAGGCGCUUCCCUACUAUGAAGAAGCCAACCAAACCGGAUUGAACAAGUUCAUCGGCAUGGUGAAGAGCAAACUGGCCUAGGUUGGCGUGUUUGCUUUGCAAUUUUUCCAUAUUUUGGCUCAAAAUUGCAAGGAAAUAUGCCCCAGAGAAUCAAAGAGUUUAGGAUGUAAGGGAUACUAUAUUAUUUUGAAUGUUUUAUACUUAAUAAUGAUAUUUAGUAGAAUGCCUUUGUAAUUCCUCUUGUGGGAAAAGCAUAAUUUAUCAUCAGCUGGUAUGUUGUACCUGUAGUAGUAUUAUUAUCUUAGAUAGUGUAGAUAUAAGAUUCUUCAUUUUCCUCUGCAUUGUUAUUUGUGAGUACACUUAAGACCGUCACAACAACACUCUUCAUUGUGAAUUUUAUUCAAUAAAGGAUAUAAGAAUAUCGC